AUGGCUAAAAAGACAGUGCCCCAGUGCCCCAGUGCCCCAGUGCCCCAGUGCCCCAGUGCCCCAGUGCCCCAGUGCCCCAGUGCCCCAGUGCCCCAGUGCCCCAGUGCCCCAGUGCCCCAGUGCCCCAGUGCCCCAGUGCCCCAGUGCCCCAGUGCCCCAGUGCCCCAGUGCCCCAGUGCCCCAGUGCCCCAGUGCCCCAGUGCCCCAGUGCCCCAGUGCCCCAGUGCCCCAGUGCCCCAGUGCCCCAGUGCCCCAGUGCCCCAGUGCCCCAGUGCCCCAGUGCCCCAGUGCCCCAGUGCCCCAGUGCCCCAGUGCCCCAGUGCCCCAGUGCCCCAGUGCCCCAGUGCCCCAGUGCCCCAGUGCCCCAGUGCCCCAGUGCCCCAGUGCCCCAGUGCCCCAGUGCCCCAGUGCCCCAGUGCCCCAGUGCCCCAGUGCCCCAGUGCCCCAGUGCCCCAGUGCCCCAGUGCCCCAGUGCCCCAGUGCCCCAGUGCCCCAGUGCCCCAGUGCCCCAGUGCCCCAGUGCCCCAGUGCCCCAGUGCCCCAGUGCCCCAGUGCCCCAGUGCCCCAGUGCCCCAGUGCCCCAGUGCCCCAGUGCCCCAGUGCCCCAGUGCCCCAGUGCCCAGUGCCCAGUGCCCAGUGCCCAGUGCCCAGUGCCCAGUGCCCAGUGCCCAGUGCCCAGUGCCCAGUGCCCAGUGCCCAGUGCCCAGUGCCCAGUGCCCAGUGCCCAGUGCCCAGUGCCCAGUGCCCAGUGCCCAGUGCCCAGUGCCCAGUGCCCAGUGCCCAGUGCCCAGUGCCCAGUGCCCAGUGCCCAGUGCCCAGUGCCCAGUGCCCAGUGCCCAGUGCCCAGUGCCCAGUGCCCAGUGCCCAGUGCCCAGUGCCCAGUGCCCAGUGCCCAGUGCCCAGUGCCCAGUGCCCAGUGCCCAGUGCCCAGUGCCCAGUGCCCAGUGCCCAGUGCCCAGUGCCCAGUGCCCAGUGCCCAGUGCCCAGUGCCCAGUGCCCAGUGCCCAGUGCCCAGUCUAG